CAUUUCCCAGCCGCUUGCUGCUCCGACGGAGUCAACAUCUGCUGCGUGUGGAGGGAGUGGACGAGGACUCCCGCUGACACUCAUCUUUACUUUUUUCCUCCCAUUUCAGAUUGGCUUUUAUUUACUUGCUGUCCGGGAUCCGGAGUAGACGGACCUGCUGUGUUGACAAGGAUCAGAGAGCUGCCCGACGCAGUUUAGGAAAGCAACAUGGCUUCCCAGGCUGAUCUGAUGGAGUUGGACAUGGCCAUGGAGCCGGACCGUAAGGCAGCAGUCAGUCACUGGCAGCAACAGUCCUACCUGGAUUCAGGCAUCCAUUCAGGGGCCACCACAACAGCGCCAUCUCUCAGCGGGAAGGGCAACCCAGAAGAAGAGGAUGUUGACAACCAGGUCAUGUACGAGUGGGAGCAGGGCUUCAACCAGAACUUCUCCCAGGAACAAGUACAAGACAUUGAUGGACAGUAUGCCAUGACACGUGCUCAGCGAGUGCGUGCAGCCAUGUUCCCAGAGACUCUGGAGGAGGGCAUGCAGAUCCCCUCCACACAGUACGAUGCUGCAAACCCCACCAAUGUCCAGAGGCUGGCGGAACCCUCACAAAUGCUCAAACACGCCGUAGUCAAUCUGAUCAACUACCAGGACGAUGCUGAGCUGGCAACCAGAGCCAUACCAGAGCUGACCAAACUACUUAACGAUGAGGACCAGGUUGUUGUAAACAAAGCAGCAGUGAUGGUCCACCAGCUUUCUAAGAAAGAAGCUUCCCGUCAUGCCAUCAUGCGCUCCCCCCAGAUGGUGUCUGCUAUAGUUAGGACCAUGCAGAACACCAAUGAUGUGGAGACCGCUCGAUGUACUGCAGGAACGCUGCACAACCUGUCGCAUCACAGAGAGGGCUUGUUGGCCAUCUUCAAGUCUGGAGGAAUUCCAGCUCUAGUUAAAAUGCUUGGCUCCCCUGUGGACUCUGUCCUUUUCUACGCCAUCACCACGCUUCACAACCUCCUCUUGCACCAGGAAGGAGCAAAGAUGGCAGUCCGUUUAGCGGGUGGUUUACAGAAAAUGGUAGCUCUGCUCAGCAAGACCAAUGUCAAGUUCCUGGCCAUCACCACGGACUGUCUCCAAAUCCUGGCAUACGGAAACCAAGAAAGCAAGUUAAUAAUCCUGGCCAGUGGAGGCCCCCAGGCAUUGGUCAACAUCAUGAGGACCUACACCUAUGAGAAGCUGCUGUGGACCACAAGCCGUGUUCUCAAAGUGUUGUCAGUCUGUUCCAGUAACAAACCCGCCAUUGUGGAGGCCGGAGGCAUGCAGGCUUUGGGUCUCCACCUAACAGACCCCAGCCAGAGACUCGUCCAGAACUGUCUGUGGACUCUCAGGAAUUUAUCAGAUGCUGCCACCAAACAGGAAGGAAUGGAGGGUCUCUUAGGAACUCUGGUCCAGCUGCUCGGCAGUGACGACAUUAAUGUGGUCACCUGUGCUGCAGGCAUCCUGUCUAAUCUGACUUGUAACAACUACAAAAACAAGAUGAUGGUCUGCCAAGUUGGUGGUAUUGAGGCGUUGGUUCGCACUGUACUUCGGGCCGGGGACAGAGAAGACAUCACAGAACCAGCUAUUUGUGCCCUGCGUCACCUCACAUCUCGACACCAGGAUGCUGAGAUGGCGCAGAACGCUGUCAGACUGCACUAUGGCUUGCCGGUGGUGGUCAAAUUGCUGCACCCGCCAUCACACUGGCCUCUUAUUAAGGCCACAGUGGGACUCAUCCGUAAUCUGGCUCUGUGCCCUGCUAACCAUGCCCCUCUGAGGGAGCAGGGAGCCAUCCCCAGACUGGUUCAGCUGCUGGUCAGAGCGCACCAGGACACACAGAGACGCACCAGCAUGGGAGGCACACAGCAGCAGUUUGUGGAGGGUGUUCGUAUGGAGGAGAUCGUGGAAGGCUGCACAGGAGCACUUCACAUCCUGGCCAGAGACGUCCACAACAGAAUAGUCAUCAGAGGACUCAACACCAUCCCUCUCUUUGUACAGCUGCUGUACUCUCCCAUCGAGAACAUCCAGCGCGUGGCCGCUGGCGUCCUGUGUGAGCUGGCUCAGGAUAAAGAGGCCGCUGAGGCCAUCGAGGCCGAGGGGGCCACCGCCCCCCUCACCGAGCUCCUCCACAGUCGCAAUGAAGGAGUUGCCACCUACGCUGCAGCAGUUUUAUUCCGCAUGUCAGAGGACAAACCUCAAGACUACAAGAAGCGCCUCUCUGUAGAACUCACCAGCUCCCUCUUCAGGACUGAACCAAUGGCCUGGAAUGAAACUGGCGAGUUGGGGCUGGACAUCGGAGCUCAGGGUGAACCUCUGGCCUACAGAGCAGAAGACCCAAGCUACCGUUCCUUCCAUUCGGGGGGUUACGGAGGCGACACAAUGGGUAUGGAACCCAUGAUGGACCACGAUCUGGGUGGGGGCCACCACCCUGGCCAGGACUACCCCCCUGUAGAGGGGCUACCUGAUCUGGGACAUGCCCAGGAACUGAUAGAGGGCCUCCCACCCGGUGACUCAAACCAACUGGCCUGGUUUGAUACCGACCUGUAAAUACAGAGCAACGUUACACUACACUAUGUACUAGCUGUAUCAUGUGAUCUGGAUGAACCUGCAUCGUGAUUCGCCCAUAUGGAGGAGGCGGGGUUUCAGAAAGUGCCUGAAGACAACUCAACAGCAGUUUCCUGUCUAUGGGAACUCCAUUGGGACAAACUAGAUUUAAGUGCGGUUCUGUUCUCUCAGCCUGACGGCGGGCUGACUUCAAAUCCUGACAUGACACGUUGAGUCCGACCUCAACUGUUUGAGUUUUAAAAACCCUUUUAUGCAUUUUAGUUUUUCCUUUAUUUGGUUUUUCUUUUUUUAUUGUUUUCUUAAGUCUGUAAUGGUACAACAGAUCCUGGCUUGCUUUUUCAUUAUUCUGAAUUAUGAUACUCUUGUUUUUGCAGUCCCUUGUAUUUUUAAGUCUGACAGUGUUGGGUUUUGUAGUGGUAAUGCUCCAUCCAAGUAAAGAAUCACAUUUUAAAUGGUGUCCAAAACACUAAGGUUAAUCAGUUUAAUUGUAUUCUGAUGAUUGAGUGUAACAUUGUGUAGCUUUUGUAUAAAAAAAAAAAAAAAAAAUUGGAAGUCAUGGUCCAAAUAUUGAGAUAUUUUUUGUUUUCUUGCUUUAAAGGUAGACACUGCGGUGUCUCUGCUGUUCCAAAGGGGGUGUAGCUACCUAACUGGGUGGGUGUGGCUCUGGGAUCUUACUGGUCUUCUGUUAAUAUGGGGGUGGGAUAGUGGGUGGAGCUGGUUAUGUUGGCCUGCUGUGUUCUCAAACAAUAAAAUGGACUGUCAUUUCAA